GAGUGUGAAUGCUCUCCGCUGCCUCCGAGUGUGUGUCGUAGCUUAGCUCUUCCACUGGAGACGCUGUCGCGCCCGCCAUCCCCCGGUCCCGCCGACCGGCGAUCUUUGCCAAUGUCUCCCGUGACGGGCCCUGUGCCCUGGGUAUGGCAAGCGCACUGACGACCCUCACCCCCAAGAACGCUAACACAGGAGCCGCCCUCUGAGGCUCCGAUGACUUUAUUCUUCACAUGGCUUUACCCUUCCAGUGGCUCCAGGGACCCUCCAUUUCCCAUAUCCAAGAAAAUGUGAUGCGCUACAGGUAUCAUUCUCUAGACCACUUCCCGGUCUAGCCACAAGUGACUCCAGUGGGCAGUGGAGGCACGUCGUCAGGAAGAUGUCUAAAGAAAUGGCAGACCAAAGAGAAGGAGAAACUGGGGGAAAAGAGGUGUGCAGAGACCAGAUCAAAGGAUCCGACAAAGAGGAGGAACCUCCAGCUGCCUCAUCCCAUGGCCAGGGGAGUCAUCCAGGUGGCAGAGCAGCUAGGAACUCAAGGCCUGAACCUGGGGCCAGACCCCCUGCCCUCCCUGCUAUGGUCAAUGACCCACCAGUGCCUGCCUUACUGUGGGCCCAGGAGGUGGGCCAUGUCUUGGCCGGCCGUGCCCGAAGGCUGCUGCUGCAGUUUGGGGUGCUCUUUUGCACCAUCCUCCUCCUCCUUUGGGUGUCUGUUUUCCUCUAUGGCUCCUUCUACUAUUCCUACAUGCCAACAGUCAGCCACCUCAGCCCCGUGCAUUUCUACUACAGGACCGACUGUGAUUCCUCUACCACCUCACUCUGCAGCUUCCCUGUUGCCAAUGUCUCACUGGCUAAGAGUGGACGUGAUCGGGUGCUGAUGUAUGGACAGCCAUAUCGCGUUACCUUAGAGCUUGAGCUGCCAGAGUCCCCUGUGAAUCAAGAUUUGGGCAUGUUCUUGGUCACCAUUUCAUGCUACACCAGAGGCGGCCGCAUUAUCUCCACUUCUUCGCGCUCAGUCAUGCUGCAUUACCGCUCAGACCUGCUCCAGAUGCUUGACACGCUGGUCUUCUCCAGCCUCCUGCUGUUUGGCUUUGCAGAGCAGAAGCAGCUCCUGGAGGUGGAGCUCUACGCGGACUAUAGAGAGAACUCAUACGUGCCGACCACUGGAGCAAUUAUCGAGAUCCACAGCAAGCGUAUCCAGAUGUAUGGAGCCUACCUCCGCAUCCAUGCCCACUUCACUGGGCUCAGGUACCUGCUGUACAACUUCCCCAUGACGUGCGCCUUCAUCGGUGUCGCCAGCAACUUCACCUUCCUCAGCGUCAUUGUGCUCUUCAGCUACAUGCAGUGGGUGUGGGGCGGCAUUUGGCCCCGACACCGCUUCUCUUUGCAGGUUAACAUCCGGAAAAGAGAUGGUUCCCGAAAGGAAGCCCCACGGAAGAUCUCUACUCGUCAGCCAGGAGGCACAGGGUCUGAAGGGUCUGAAGGCCAGGAGUCGUCUACCCAGCAGUCAGAUAUUACAGAGGAUGGUGAGAGCCCUGAAGACCCGUCUGGGCCAGAAAGUCACCUGUCUGAGGAGGAGAAAACAGACCAGCAGCCCCUGAGUGGAGAGGAGGAGCUGGAGCCUGAGGCCAGUGAUGGUUCAGGCUCCUGGGAAGAUGCAGCUCUGCUGACUGAGGCCAACCUGCCUGCUCCAGCCCCUGUCCCAGAGACUCUGGGCAGCUCAGAACCCUCUGUGGGUGCUCUCCGCCAACGCCCUACCUGCUCCAGUUCCUGAAAAACGGGCAGAUUCCUCACAUUCCAGCACUUUCCUAUUGGACCCCUGCCCCUUUGUUUUUCCCUUAAUAAAGUAUUUUCGUGUCUGCUGCUUCCGUGACUCUAA